GGUAAUAUUAGCGGAAAUGAUUGAUUGUAAAAUUGAGAAAUUUGAAUGAAAACCUAGGUGAGGUUAUAACCGUUUAAACGAUCGAUAUCAAACAUCUAUCACAGGAUUGCAAUAUAUCGAGAUGGCAGAUUGUCCGAAACUCAACAAUUUGGACUCUAACAGUGAUGUGACCACUACAUCGAACAAAGGUGACCUACGGCUAUCCACAUACACCAGAACAACAGGAACAUCAGUUAACCUCUCCUGUUUAGAGGACUAUACCCUUGUUGGUCAGAGUUCAGUCACAUGUCAAGCUGGAGGAUCAUGGGAUUUUGCAGACAAACCAUAUUGUAAAGCAAACUCGACAUCUGAUGGGUUGUCUACAGGAACGAAGAUUUUAAUAGGAGCCGUGGCAGGGGGCGUGGCUCUGGUUCUAUUUAUCAUCAUCCUAAUAGCAUGCUGUAUGCAAAGGAAAUCAAGAAAAGCCAAAUCUGAUCAACAGAAAUUUUACGAUCAGCUGCAAGAUGAAAACACUCCGAAAGGACAAAAUCCAGGAGAAAUGAUUGGUGAAACACAAUAUAAACCUCCAUCCUAUGCUGCUGCAUGGCCAGCAAUGACCCAUUCUUUUAUGAUUGGAAAAAGAGAAUUCCCAUUCAGAAAUCCGGAUUCUGAACCGGGCAUCCAUACUGGUAAAUCGAUUUGGGAUGGUAAUGACUAUUUCAUCGGAAAACCAGAAAUAGAUUCAGAAAAAAAACCAGAAUCCCGAACGGAGAAUCUUUCGUCUAGUAAAACGUCCGACCCGCUGUAUAGUGCUCCCUUCAAAAGUGAAAGAAGACAAAAUCCGGUUGAAUAUCGUCAAGGAUCAAUGAUUAGCGAUGUUGACAAUAGCUAUUCACAAUUUGUUCAUCCAAUUUCAAACAGAUACUCCUUUCAGAGAGAAAUUUCAGACAGAGUGAAAAAUGAUACAGACUCAGAUGAUCGUCGUACUUUUUCAGCAACAGACAUGAGUCGAAAUGGAUGGGACAAUCGAAAGGUCAUUUCGACACAAGCAGUUAGACGGGGUAAUAAUAAUGACGAUGAUGUUUUUGUUGAAGUGCGCAUUCCGUCUAGAUAUUUGAAAUCAAGAUCGAAUGACGAUCAAACGGAAGAGAAACGAAGAUUCAGCGACGACUCUGUUCCACGGAGAAACGUCAGACCUUUCGUUCAUGAUGUAUCAUCAGAUAAAUCGACCCUUCUGAAAUCGUCACAAAAUGGCUCGGAAAAACCGAAUGAUUCGAAGAAUCCAAACGAGAAACCGAAAGGCGUUUACCAGGGUAACUGGCCCAUGCGAGAUGACGUGAAGAGUUUAACAGAAUUCAACAAGGAUAACAACUUUGGAUUUGAUGCUGUUUUUAAUUCAAAAUUCUAA